AUGAGUUUAGCGCCUAACGUUCUUUUGCCCUUUCUCCUUGUCCCCACGGUGGUAAGCCUGCCCUCGAGCUUUAGAUGGAAAUCGAGUGGUCCCCUGAUUGGGCCUAAAGAUGAUGGUCGCAAUAUCGUCGGCAUCAAGGAUCCAUCGAUCGUCGAGGUCAACGGCAAAUAUCAUGCCAACUCGGCCAUCUUCCAUUAUCUAGACCAGGCCCCGAUGGGCAGUGGUUACCGCGCGGCGCCGCAGGUUUCCUUCAAGCCCCACAACCUGUGGUACUUGGCAUACCAGAACGGCAAUAACUUUUUCGGUGAUAUCCCUAGCAUCAUUAGUCAAAAUAUAGGCAAUAGCAACUGGGUUGAUAUUCAUCUAUACCAUUCACAAACCCCGCUUAGCAACUUCCCCAAUGGGAUGACCAAUACAGUUAUCGCACUGUCGGAUCCCAACAAGAACAGAUUCUUCGAGGCAUCGACUGUCUACUGUGCCGGGAAAGGGCGACAUUUGCUCAUUGUGGCGCUUGACGGGGGGAGGAGCAGCCUGGCGGAUACGAAAGCGAACCCGUUCGCGCGCUCGAAUAAUGUUGUCUUCAACAAUGGCAAUGCCUGGACGAAGAGUAUCAGCCACGGCGAAAUGGUUCGCAGCCAGACAGACCAAACCAUGAGCAUUGGCCCAUGCAGUCUCCGUUACUUGUACCAGGGCCUAGAUCCUUUGGCCAGUAGGGACUGCAAUUCGCUUCCAUGGAGAUUGAGCCUUCUUACCAAGACCAACUCAGCUUAUUAA